UCGAAGAAAACAUUUUUAUUUUGACAAAAAUCAAAACUGUCAGAUGAAUUGGUAAUGGUUUGAAUACGAAAACACAAUCGCCAUACAAUCGCUGUAAAAAUAAAUUGAUUUUCUUGAUUAUUUAUUUAUCAACGUUUGCUGGGAGACAAAAAUGGAAGACAAAGCUGGUAAAGGACCAGAGAAGGAAGCUGAUGAGCUUGGAGAAGUAGCUCCAGCUGUGUCGACCAUGGCAGCCGGUGAGGAGCGCGCUAGAGACGUAUCGUUCAAAACGGAAAAUCUGGAUGAUCUCUCAAAGAGAAUGUCCAGAAAGCAGUCAAUCUAUUCAGUCAAACCAGGAACUUCCUCAGAAAUUAUUGACGUAGAUAGAACUGCCUUGGAAGCCAUUCUCGAUGUCCGUUCUAGAAUACAGGACAUUCAGAGGAAGAGUAAAGUAUCUAUGAGCACUUUGAAUCUAGCUCAUGAAUCUUACAAGGAUAAACAAGCUAAAGCGAAGGAGGCUCGAAAUAACAGAAUAGGAGGUUUAAAAUCUCAAAGUAGAUUUUUAUUGGAAAAUGGUGCAACAGUAUUAAAUAAAAAUCUUGAAUAUGUGCUGGAAGGAGUAUAUGACGCAGACAUUCAUAUAGAUAUUUUGGAUAGCGCGUUGGCAGAAGGUGGUAGGAACUGUUUUGUAUUAUGCGAUGCGUUACUGCCACCUUUAAAAAUGGAAUCGGGUCGAUUCGUGCCCAACCAGAGAGGAAAGAUGGACAGGACGUACAUAUCUGACGCAGUAUCUAUAGGAACAGAGGGCAUGUGCGUCGCGUUCUACAGGAUCAAGAACAAAGCUGUUGACACGAAGUCUGUUGCAGAUGACUACUUCUUGAUGGUAUUCGACAUGAACCAAGAUACUGAGAAUGUGGUGUCUGGCAUAUUCAAGACGUUAAAACGCGUGCAUGUGCCUGCAAUCAGGGCAUGUCAGGCCUGGGGAGAUCUGAACCCUCCUAAUCCUAAGAGCGACGACAUUAUCAAGGCUUACAUAUCGAAGAUUAUGCUGUUUCUUGAUUAUCUUGCUAAAACAAAGAUAGAUUUGGAUUGUUGCACAAAGUUUAAAAUAAAUCUGAUAUUGUAUGAGGAGGAAUUGGCCGAUCAAGAUAAAAUGAAAGCUGCUAUCACCAAAACUCAUGUGUUAGAAGAAAUCUGCUCUUACGUUAAGCAAUGGGUUAAGCAAAUUACGAUGGUGCUAGUACAAAGCCAACAGCUCCGUCGGGAGCCAUCCAACAUUGGCCCUCUCGCUGAAUUGGACCACUGGCGACGACAACUAACUUCUUUCACGUCCAUCAUUGAGCAUAUCAAGAGUGAACCCUGCCAGAUGUACAUACACACGCUCAUACGAGCCAAGUCCAAACUGAUCAAGAAAUGGAGGUUGAUAGACAAUCAAGUUACUGAUUACUUCAACGAGGCAUUUGAUAAUGUUAAAUAUUUGUACGCCUUGGAGAAAUAUUGCGAACCCUUGUAUAGGUGUGAUCCGCUCACAAUGCAGCAGUUUAUACCUGGUUUACUUUACACGGUGCGGAUGAUAUUCGCCACGUCGCGGUACUAUAACACCACUAAGCAGAUCUCCACGCUCCUCGUCAAAGUCACUAACCAGAUCCUCAAUAUGUGCAUGGACUAUAUGACCAACGGCGGCAAAAAGACUAUUUGGAAUCAGGACAAACUUAAUUUCAUUAAAAAAGCCAAGCUAUGCUUGAAUCUGUACAACUUUUAUAGAGAAUGCUACAACGAGACUCAGCUGGAAAUGAUGGAAGCGGCUGACGAACGUCCAUUUGAUUGCUCGGAAAUGUACAUUUUCGGAAAAUUUGAAACCUUUCGGAAAAGGUUAUUAAAGGUUAUAGAUCUAUUUCAAACGUAUAUAACAUACUAUGUACUGAACAAAACAACACUUGAGGGAAUUGAGGAGUAUGCAGUGAAUUUCAACAAAUUAUUUAAGGUCAUUUCGUCGAAAACAUACGAUGCCAUGGAUCACAGGCGACCCGAUUUCGAUAAAGAUUAUAAAAUCUAUAAAGACAACGUCGCGACACAGGAAUUGCUCUUAGAAAAUUUUAUGAUCACGAGUGUAAAUAAAUGCCCAACCACCGAGAUCGCUCUACAUUUGUUAAAGAGAUUCAAGAAGCUAAAACUCGAUUGUUUAUAUCUGGAAGAUCAGUACUAUGACUUGAUAAGCAAGUAUACUAGCGAGAUUGAAUCUAUUCGCGAUAGGUAUAAUGAAGAAAGAGAAAAUCCGGAGCUACCAAGAAAUAUGCCCCCCGUGUCCGGGAGAGUGAUGUGGAUAAGAUUUUAUGACAAGAACAUAAAAUAUCCCAUGCACGAGUUCAUGCAACAUAAGGAGGUCAUCACUCACAUGAAUACCCAGCGAUGCAUCAAACUUUUUAACGUGAUGUGUAUUGUAUUUACCGAAUUCGAGUACAUUUACCACCGUGCUUGGACAGAAAAUGUGGGACAGGUGAGGUUGGGUCUAAUAGCUCCGCUCCUGAUUCGCCACCCAGUGACAAGCAGAUAUAUCGUGAACUUCAACGUUUACAUACCUGAGUGCAUUCGAGAAGUGGAAUAUAUGUGGCAGUUGGAUUUAUAUGUACCAGAUACUGCACAAAUUGUUGCCUUUAGCAAACAGAAAAUAUACGGAGAUUACGAAAGAAUUUUGCAUUUAGUCGAACGCAAUGACCAAAUAAGAAGGAGUAUGCCCAAAUUAUACUUGCCAUUGCUCCGCGCACAGCUGGUGAAAUUAGAUAACGCUUUCCAACCCGGUCUGUCUAGCAUAACGUGGACGUCUUUAGAGAUACCUUCCUACUGCGAAAGCAUUGAACGCGUUUUGGAUGAAGUAGACUUGUUUGUUAAAGAGGUAGUGGAUAUGAAAGAAGCACGUAUAGAUGCGAUACUACAGUCAAUAUCAAAGACGUUGCUCGUGUAUUUGCCGGAAGAAGCUGUCGACCCUAAUUGCUUCUACGAAGACAACCUCGUUAGACGUGAUGAAAUAGCUUUGGACUUGCAGCAAAAAUCCUGUAACGCAGAAGUAGCUGUAAUAGAACUGAUACACAAGUUUUUAGACAGUGUACCUUCUCAAGCGAUUCGGGAUCUGAAGGAUAACUGGUUAGAUAUCGAAAAAGCAUUAAAGCAAGUAACGUCAGCCACAAGGGUGUUCCCAGAAGAUGCAGCUUUUAUGGAAAUUGAGAAUCCAGAUAGAUAUGAACCCAUGCAUGCGAUUAACGAAUGCAACGAAUUAUUUGCUUAUUUCGCCACUAAAUGUUUGGAAUCUUUAAUAAAAUGUACUAAACAAAGUCUGGAUAUAUUGAGAAAACGGGCUUCGGUUUCGAGCUUUCUAACGAUGACAACUGAUCCUGAAGAGCAAAAGAAAUUGAAGCCGCUCAUGCUCACCAUGAUGUUCGUUGAAAUUCCGAGGAUAUUAAUAAAACCUUCUUUAGAAGAGAUUCAAAGUGCGUUUUCACAGGUGGUUUUGAAUUGUAUCAUGGACAUACAUCGCAACGUGUUUAUGUGGGGUCAACAGGAACUGAUUAAGAGGGAGGGAUUGAAAGGGAAAGCCUUGUCGGCUACUAGGACAAUGAGCUUUGGUUCUAGAUCAGGUUCCAAUCUGCUGGGCGUCAAGACCUAUUUCCGAAUGGUCUCCGAACAUAAGGAAAUAGUGCGAGCUGUGAUGGCCUUGCAAGGCAUGAUGUACAUGUAUAAGCCGGAUAUUGAAAAAUUGCUGAAUGGUUAUUAUAGAUUCGCUCCUUUAUGGGCGGAAGAUAGAGUGCAACAAAUCCAAAGCUUUGUUGAUACAAAUCCACUCAAUGUUAUAAUCGGAGACAUGUUCAAGAAGUACGAAAGUCAAACGGAUGAAGUCCUCAACUUGCCGAAAAGGCAUAUUAUUGGAUCUAUUCAAAUAAAUAUGGAUCAAAUCACACUGGCAUUACACAUAGAAUCCAUUGAAUGGAAGAGAAUUUUGGGAAAGCUUCUUAGUCAGGCCUAUAAAGAAAGAGUAUUGAAACUGAUGCAAUUUAUCAAAGACCGCAUGAAGACUAUGAGCAAGAAGAUAAAGGACUUGGAUGACGUUAGAGUGGCAAUGUUAUGCUUGGAAUUGAUUCGAGAUGAGUUUAUUGGAAUGGAUAUGGAGUUAGACUUAAUUGAAGAGAGCUAUGCUCUAUUCAGUCAGUUUAACAUAGACAUUCCAAAGGACGACGCAGACAUGGUUUAUGGACUGCGAUACGCGUUUCAAAACAUGUUACUAACGGCUCAACAAGUGCAACAACGUAUAGUGGAAAUGCAGGGUCCGUUACAGCGGGAAUUAACUGAGGGUGUCGCGAAUUUCUUGAAAGACGUGCUGAAGUUCGACGCUGACUACGAACAGUUUGGACCUAUGACACCCGGCCUUACCGCUAGAGAAGCUAGUGAUAGGGUAAUAAUGUUCCAAUCACGAUUUGAUGAGUUAUGGCGGCGAUUUGAAAUGUAUUCCAGUGGCGAGAAACUGUUUGGGAUGGAGGUCAAGGAUUAUCCUAUACUUCACCAAAGGAAGAAAGAAUUUAAUUUACUAAGCAAACUGUACAGCCUGUAUCUUGCAGUAAUGAAUUCAAUUGAUGGAUACUUUGAAACACCUUGGGUGGCUAUUGACAUUGAACAAAUAGUAGCUCAAUUAGCUGAAUUCGAUAUAAGGUGUCGGAAGUUACCUCGCGGUAUGAAAGAUUGGCCAGCUUUUAUCGACUUAAAGAAUAAAAUCGACGACUUCAACCAAACGUGCCCUCUAUUGGAAUUAAUGGCGGAUAAAUCAAUGAAGGAACGACAUUGGAGGAGACUGGAGAAUUUGAUGAAUUGCGUUUUGGAUGUAGAGUCGGACACAUUUACAUUGGCUAAUGUUAUGGAAGCUCCGUUAUUGAAAUACAAGGAAGACGUUGAAGAUAUUUGUAUCAGCGCUGUCAAAGAAAAAGAUAUUGAAGCCAAACUGAAGCAAGUAAUAGCCGAUUGGGCGGUUGUGGAUCUUACCUUCGCUCACUUCAAGAACCGAGGAGAGCUGUUGAUUAAACCGCAAGAAACGCUUGAUAUCAUAACGAUGCUGGAAGAUUCUUUGAUGAUUUUGAAUUCGUUAGCUUCUAACAGGUACAAUGCACCGUUUAAGAGGGAUAUAUUAUUGUGGAUCAAUAAAUUGGUGGGCACGACCGACAUCCUGGAGAAAUGGCUACAAGUGCAAACGCUAUGGAUGUAUCUGGAAGCUGUCUUUGUUGGUGGCGAUAUAGCAAAGCAACUGCCAGCGGAGGCUAAAAGAUUUGGUACAAUUGACAAGACGUAUGUUAAAAUUAUGUACCGGGCUCGCGAUAUAGUGAAUUGCGUAGAAGUUUGCGUUUCGGACGACACGUUGAAGCAACUGCUGCCUCAUCUCAUAGAACAGCUCGAAGCUUGUCAGAAGUCGCUCACCGGUUACUUAGAGACCAAACGUCUUAUCUUCCCAAGAUUUUUCUUCGUAUCAGACCCAGUUCUGCUGGAGAUUCUCGGUCAAUCGUCUAAUCCACAAUCUAUUCAGCCCCAUCUACCCAGUAUAUUUGAUGCAAUAUACACUGUCGACUUUGAUGAUAAGGAUCGCAUAAUAAAUAUGAACUCUGACAAUGGUGAAACUAUUCCUCUGGAUCGGCCCGUCAGUUGCAUCGGUGGAGUCGAGAUAUGGCUUAAUACGUUACUGGAUACUAUGAAAGAGACUGUAAGGAAUAUAAUUGCUAGUAUAGCUCAAGCUAUGGCCUCAGAUCCUGAAUUUGAGUUCUUGGUCAGUUUUUGGAACUUUCCGGGUCAGGCAAGUUUGUUGGGAAUGCAAAUACUUUGGACUAGCGACGCUGAGUAUGCGCUAAAGAAAGCUAGAGUUGACCGUUUCAUUAUGAGACUAACAAAUCAAAAGAAUUUGGAUUUAUUAAAUGGAUUAAUCGAUCAAACUGUGACUGACUUGGUGCCUUUGGAUAGGACGAGAGUUGAAACUAUGAUCACUAUUCAUGUACAUCAAAGAGAUAUUUUCGAUGAUCUAGUAAGAAUGAGGAUAAAGUCCCCGGGAGAUUUUGAAUGGCAAAAACAAGCGCGUUUCUAUUACUUUGAGGAUUCUGACGAUUGUAUCGUAUCGAUAACAGAUGUUGACUUUUUAUACCAGAACGAAUACUUAGGUAUUACGGAGCGGCUUGUAAUCACGCCACUAACGGAUCGAUGCUACAUCACACUAUCGCAAGCCAUCGGCAUGAGUAUGGGAGGAGCACCCGCGGGCCCGGCAGGCACCGGCAAAACUGAGACUACCAAGGACAUGGGCCGCACGCUUGGCAAGCUCGUUAUUGUGUUCAACUGCUCGGAUCAGAUGGACUUUAGAGGUUUGGGUCGUAUCUACAAGGGCCUGGCCCAAUCCGGCACUUGGGGAUGUUUUGACGAGUUCAACCGCAUCGAGUUGCCAGUAUUGUCUGUAGCAGCACAGCAGAUUUAUAUCUGUCUAACCGCGCGGCGCGAAAAGAAGGAAUUCUUUAUUUUUAGCGAUGGCGAUACAGUGAGCUUAAAUCCAGAGUUUGCUUUUAUCAUUACAAUGAAUCCCGGCUAUGCUGGACGGCAAGAGUUGCCAGAAAAUCUGAAGAUUCAGUUCCGCUCUGUGGCCAUGAUGGUGCCAGACAGGCAGAUUAUUAUCCGAGUCAAGUUGGCCAGUUGUGGUUUUAAGGAAAAUAUUGUACUAGCUCGUAAAUUCUUUACCUUGUACAAGCUUUGCGAAGAGCAACUCUCAAAACAAGUGCAUUAUGAUUUUGGUCUUCGAAAUAUAUUGUCCGUGUUGAGGACAAUGGGUUCACAAAAACGCGCCAAUCCAGAGAGUACUGAAGAAAAUAUAAUGAUGAGAGUAUUGAAAGAAAUGAACGUAUCUAAACUCGUAGAUGAAGACGAACCGCUGUUUAUAUCUUUGAUUGAAGAUUUGUUCCCUGGCAUGAAACUAAGUCAAACUUCACAUAAAGAAAUGCAGCGCGCCAUAGGAAUUAUAACAGAGCGAACAGGCUUAGUUAAUCAUCCAGACUGGAAUUUGAAAAUCAUACAGCUGUAUGAGACGUCUCUCGUACGCCACGGACUUAUGACCAUGGGUCCAACUGGGUCGGGUAAAACCACGUGUAUACACACCCUAAUGGCUGCUCUCACUGAAGUUGGAAAACCUCAUAAGGAAAUGCGGAUGAAUCCAAAGGCUAUAACAGCUCCGCAAAUGUUUGGCCGUUUGGAUGUUGCGACCAAUGAUUGGACUGAUGGUAUAUUCUCGACUUUAUGGCGGAGGGCAUUGAAAGUGAAAAAAUCUGAUACAACAUGGAUUGUUCUUGAUGGACCCGUAGAUGCAGUGUGGAUUGAAAAUCUAAAUUCCGUGCUAGACGAUAACAAAACGUUGACGCUAGCGAACGGUGAUCGUAUUUCUAUGGCGCAAAAUAGUAAACUUGUAUUUGAGCCUGACAACGUAGAUAACGCAUCCCCUGCCACUGUCAGCCGGAUGGGCAUGGUGUUUCUAUCCUCCUCUGUGCUCAAAUGGCAACCCAUAUUAGAGGGGUGGCUUAAAAAGAGGUCCCAAAAGGAAGCAGACGUAUUCAGAACAGCUUUCAAUAAAGUUUACGAUGACGUGCAUUCGUUUGUACAACAGAAGCUGCCGGCUAAAAUGAAACUUCUCGAAGCCAUCUACAUAAGACAAUGUAUUGAUGUGCUGGUUGGCCUAUUGCAAAUAGAAAUACCGGGUGGCAAGUUGCAUACCGACCGUCACCUAGAACGCCUGUUCGUAUUCUCAAUGAUGUGGUCUUUGGGCGCCGUGUUGGAGCUGGACGCGCGCUAUCGUAUGGCGGAGUUUAUGACCAAAUUGCCCGUGCGUAUGGACUGGCCGGGCGCGCGCUCCAAGGAGUGGGUCAUGCCCUUCGAGUUUAUGGUCAAUGAGAGUGGCGUUUGGCAGCAUUGGUCUGAAAUCGUAGAAGACUUCAUAUACCCAUCAGACAGUAUACCAGAAUACGCUUCUAUAUUGGUGCCUAACGUCGACAACGUUUGCAUAUCAUUUUUGAUCGACACCAUAGCGAAGCAGAAUAAAGCUGUUCUACUGAUAGGCGAGCAGGGCACUGCUAAGACUGUGAUGUUGAAAAGUUAUAUGGCAAAAUACGACAGUGAAGUGAAACUGUUUAAAAUGAUCAACUUCUCGUCUGCUACCACACCGAAUAUGUUCCAACGAAUUAUAGAAUCGUACGUUGAGAAAAGAGUUGGAAUGACUUACGGACCGCCUGGUGGAAGGGCCAUGACUGUAUUCGUAGAUGAUAUAAAUAUGCCUGUUGUAAACGAAUGGGGAGAUCAGGUAACGAAUGAAAUAGUCCGUCAAAUGAUGGAGUGCGGAGGUUUUUACUCUCUAGAAAAACCGGGCGAAUUUAUUAUAAUCGCUGAGAUACAAAUGUUUGGAGCCAUGAUCCAUCCAGGCGGGGGCCGAAAUGAUAUUCCUCCACGUUUGAAGCGUCAGUUCAACAUUUUCAAUUGUACGUUACCCAGUGAUGUCUCUAUGGAUAAAAUCUUUGAGACUAUAAGUGCGGGAUAUUUCUGCAAGACGCGGUUUGACAAGAAGAUUGUAGAUUUUAUGCCACGUCUUGUUCCAGUCACGCGUAUUAUAUGGCAGCAGACGAAAGUAAAAAUGUUGCCAACGCCGGCAAAGUUCCACUACGUUUUCAAUUUGCGAGAUUUAUCAAGAAUUUGGGAAGGAAUACUUUUUAUAAAGAAAGAGGAACUGCCGUCAAUAAAAAUUGCGCUCAAAUUAUGGUUUCACGAAUGUUUGAGGGUUAUAUCAGACAGGUUCACAACAUUUGAGGAUAAGGAUUGGUUUGUGGCGAACUUUUGGAAGACCGCAACCCAAGAGCUACCGGACGUUGUGAGCGAAUUUCCAGAAGAAGAGACCUUCUUCGUUAACUUCCUCCGUGAGCCCAUAGAACCCACUGGAGAUGAGGAUGAGGACUUCAGCACGGAUGCUCCCAAAAUAUAUGAAGAACUACCUUCAUGGGAUUUCGUACUAAUGAAACUCGGACAGUUUCAAGAUACGUUUAAUGAACAAAUUCGAGGAGCCCAUUUGGACUUGGUAUUCUUCCAUGAUGCUAUGGUCCAUCUGUUUAUCAUAUCGCGAAUUAUCAAUACACCACGUGGAAAUGCUUUACUUGUGGGGGUAGGUGGUUCUGGGAAACAAAGUUUGACAAAGUUGGCUACAUUCAUUGCCAACUUUUCAUUUUAUCAAAUCACACUAACGAGGUCAUACAACGUAAACAACUUCAUGGACGAUAUUAAAGUUUUGUAUCGCAUAGCUGGCCUGCAAGGACAGGGGGUUUCAUUCAUAUUCACAGACAAUGACAUAAAGGAUGAGCAGUUUCUUGAGUUCCUUAACAACAUCCUCAGCUCAGGAGAAAUUGCUAAUUUAUUCGCUAAAGAUGAAAUGGAUGAAAUACUAAACGAAUUGACGCCAAUCAUGAAGAAGCAUGCUCCGAGAAGAAUUCCAGUACCGGAUGUGUUGUACGAGUAUUUCAUUAUGCGUUCCAGGGCUAACUUGCAUGUCGUUCUGUGUUUUUCGCCGGUGGGUGAGAAAUUCCGCAGCAGGGCGCUAAAGUUCCCUGGACUUAUUUCUGGUUCUACUAUGGACUGGUUCCAAAAAUGGCCGAGAGAAGCUCUAAUAGAGGUGGCCCAUCAUUUCUUGUGGGAAUUUAAUGUUGUGUGCUCAACGGAGACCAAAGUACAGUUAAUAGAAAUUAUGGGCACGGUGCAAGACAACGUGGCCGAUACCUGCGUCAUGUACUACGACAGGUUCCGUCGGCAGACGCACGUCACUCCCAAGUCUUAUCUGUCCUUCCUCGAGGGAUACAAGGUGCUGUAUAAGGAGAAACACAUGCACAUUGCCGAGCUAGCUAGAAGAAUGACAACUGGAUUGGACAAACUCGUUGAAGCGGCCGCAAGUGUCGAUAUUUUGAAAAAGGAAUUAGAAGUUAAAGAACUGGAGAUCAAGGAAGCUACAGCUAAAGCCGAAGAAGUGUUAGCGGCUGUGGCAGAAUCAGCAGCAGCGGCCGAGGUAGUGAAAGCGGAGGUGUUGGCAGUGAAGGAUCGGGCGGUGAAGCUAGUGGGUGUGAUUGCAGCAGAAACGGCCGUAGCUGAAGAGAAACUUGCGGCUGCUAAGCCUGCCUUGGAAGCUGCUGAGGCCGCUUUACUGACAAUCAAUGCGGCUGAUAUCGCGACGGUGCGCAAACUGGGCAAACCACCAUAUCUCAUUACAUUGAUCAUGGAUGCCGUCAUACUCCUGUUUAGGAAACGAAUUGAUCCCAUUAAGCCUGAUCCUGAAAAACAAUUCUUAACCGCUUCUUGGGCUGAGUCUUUAAAGGUGAUGGCGGAUGCAAGGUUUUUGAACAACUUGAAGUUUUAUCCCAAGGAUGAAAUUAAUGCUGAAAUGGUGGACUUACUUCAACCAUAUUUUAGAUACAGUCAGUACACAUUCGAGGCAGCUAAGAUCGCUUGCGGCAACGUGGCAGGUUUGAUAUCAUGGACUAUUGCCAUGGCUCAGUUCUACGCGGUGAACAAGGACGUGCUGCCAUUGAAAGCCAACCUCGCCGUCAUGCAGGGCAAGUACCAGGCUGCCAAAAAGGAGUUGGAAGCGGCCGAGGCCUUGUUACAGGCUAAAGAGAGGGAGUUGGCCGGUGUACAACGGCAAUUCGAAGAGGCAAUGUCGUUAAAGCAGGCCGUGUUAGACGACGCGGCUAAAUGCCAGCAGAAAAUGGACGCGGCUACUGCCCUCAUUAAUGGGUUGAGUGGCGAACGAGUUCGAUGGACUGAACAGUCCGCCUUGUUCAAGUCUGAAAUUGAGCGGCUUGUUGGCGACAUACUACUACUUACCGGAUUCUUAUCAUACACGGGACCAUUCAACCAGGAGUUCAGAUUAUAUUUGAUCCAAAAUUGGCUUCACGAACUAUUGAGAAGAAAGAUUCCUGUUUCCAUGAAUUUAAGCAUUACAGAUCAACUAACAGACGCUGCUACUAUGGGUGAAUGGAAUUUGUGCGGCCUACCGACCGACGAAUUGUCGGUGCAGAAUGGAAUUAUCGUGACGAAGGCGGCACGCUUCCCAUUGCUUAUUGAUCCACAAACACAAGGAAAGAUUUGGAUUAAGAACAUGGAAAAGAUGAAUGAUCUUAUCGUUACUACUCUCAAUCACAAGUAUUUCAGAAAUCAUGUAGAAGAUUGUGUAUCUUUGGGAAGACCAAUGUUGAUCGAAGAUGUAGCUGAGGAAUUGGACCCUGCUCUGGAUAAUAUUUUAGAGAAAAACUAUAUCAAAAUCGGGUCUUCGUUCAAGGUAAAAUUAGGUGAUAAAGAAAUUGAUGUUACUGCUGGUCAUAAAAUUUAUAUUACUACGAAGCUUCCCAAUCCAGCCUACACUCCGGAAAUAUCUGCUCGGACUUCUAUCAUAGACUUCACUGUCACAAUGCAAGGUCUGGAAGACCAACUAUUAGGUCGAGUGAUCUUGACAGAGAAAGCGGAAAUGGAAGCCGAACGAACUCAGUUGAUAAUGGACGUAACAGCCAAUCGCCGCAAGAUGCAGGAGCUGGAAGCUAAUCUGCUGCACAAGCUGACCACUAUACAGGGCUCUCUGGUUGAGGACGUAUCACUGAUCCAAGUGUUGAAUAUCACCAAGUCUACAGCAACUGAGGUAAAAGAAAAAUUAGACACGGCAAAAGAAACUGAAUUGAAGAUCAACGUUGCCCGUGAGGAGUUCAGGCCGGUAGCGACGCGCGGCUCCGUGCUAUACUUCCUCAUAUGUAAUAUGUCCCUCGUAUGCAAUAUGUAUCAGACCUCACUCGCGCAAUUCCUCGAAAGAUUUGAUAUAUCCAUGGAGCGGUCUCCGCAAAGCCUUAUUACUUUCAAGAGAAUCGGCUUCAUUAUCGAGUAUUUGACGUAUGAUGUAUGGAAAUACAUCAGUCGUGGUUUUUAUGAGAAGCACAAGUAUUUGUUUACAUUGCUCUUAACUUUGAAGAUUGAUCUUCAACGAGAAUAUGUGACUUAUGAUGAAUUUCAGACAUUUAUUAAAGGUGGUGCAGCGUUGGAUUUAAAUGCCUGCCCUCCAAAACCAUUUAAAUGGAUAACCGAUAUGUCAUGGCUGAAUCUAGUGCAAUUAGCUACACUGCGUCAGUUCACUAAUAUACUAGAGCAGGUUAAUAAUAAUGAAAAAGGUUGGAAAGCUUGGUUUGAUAAGGAAGCUCCUGAAGACGAACCACUGCCUGAUGGAUAUCAUACUUUGGACGUUUUUCGUAAACUCUUGAUUGUACGAGCUUGGUGUUCUGAUCGAGCUUUGGCACAGAGCUUAAAAUAUGUAACAUAUUCUAUGGGUGCCAAAUAUUCUGAAGCUGUUAUUGUGAAUUACGAGGCAAUGGUGAUAGAGUCUCGACCUCUGGUACCACUAAUCGGGUAUUUAUCCAUGGGUUCGGAUCCUACGCCGUCCAUCGAGAUAACGGCCAAACGUCUGGAAUGCCUUUGCUCGUCUAUAUCGAUGGGCCAGGGACAGGAGGUUCAUGCUAGGAAGCUCAUAGACCGCGCUCUCAAAGAGGGAUUGUGGGUGCUACUCCAGAAUUGCCAUUUAGGCUUAGAGUACAUGGUUGAGGUUAUGGAACAAUUUUCUGAAUUGGAAAAAGAACCAGAAAAAGUUCACGAAACAUUCAGACUGUGGAUCACAACGGAAGUUCACGAAAAGUUCCCUAUUACACUUCUCCAAAUGUCUAUAAAAUAUACUUGUGAACCCCCAUCAGGAAUAAAGGCUGGAUUGAUGAGGACGUACGAUUCCAUGAGUCAAGACUUCCUCGAUUACAGUGACAGUGCUUUCUACCUGCCAAUGAUAUACACGAUUUCUUUCCUGCACACUGUGGUGCAAGAACGACGCAAGUUUGGACCUCUGGGCUGGAAUAUACCUUAUGAGUUUAACUCGGCGGAUUGGUUGGCUUCUUGUAUGUUCGUACAGAAUCACUUGGAUAUGUUGGAACCUGGUCAGAGUGUUAGUUGGACUACAGUACGUUACAUGGUGUCAGCUGUGCAGUAUGGUGGCCGUGUAACGGACGAUUAUGAUAAUCGUCUGCUGAGCACAUUCUGUAAAGUAUGGUUGACAGAACAACUAUUCUCUGACGACUUCCAAUUUUAUAAGAACUACGGUAUCAUGAAGUUCAAGAAUAUUCCAGAAUACAUUGAAGAAAUUGAGAAGAUGAAGACUACUGAUCCGCCUCAAGCUUAUGGUUUGCACACAAACGCUGAUAUAACCUAUCAAAGAAAUCUGACUCAGGAACUGCUCGAUACAAUCUUAUCAAUUCAACCGAAGGAAUCUAGUUCCGGUGGUGGCGAAACUCGGGAAGCUUCAGUGUACAGGCAAAGUAAAGAGAUGCUAGAAAAAGUACCACCUAACUUCGAUCCUCACGAGGUUAAAGAGAGGUUGAGGUUCUACGGUAUUCUGAACUCAAUGGUAAUAUUCUUAAGGCAAGAGAUUGACAGGAUGCAAAAAGUAAUAACAUUAGUGAGAACUACGCUUAAAGAUUUACUUCUCGCUAUUGACGGAACAAUCAUCAUGAAUGAGGCUCUCAGGGACUCCCUCGAUAGCAUUUAUGACGCGAAGGUGCCGAAAAUCUGGCAAAAGGGUUCUUGGUCAUCGUCCACACUCGGUUUCUGGUUCACCGAGUUUUUGGAACGGAACAUACAGUUUUCCACGUGGUGCUUCCAAGCUAGACCCUUUUCAUUCUGGAUGACUGGAUUCUUCAAUCCUCAAGGGUUUUUAACGGCUAUGCGUCAAGAAGUAACCAGAGCGCAUAAGGGAUGGGCGCUGGACAUGGUCGCUCUCCACAACGAUGUGACCAAAUUUAUGUUAGACGAAAUUAAGGCACCACCUAACGAGGGCGUGUUCGUACACGGCCUUUUCCUCGACGGUGCAGGAUGGGAUCGCCGCAACUUGCGCCUGUGCGAGUCGACACUCAAAGUGCUGUAUACGCAACUACCAGUCGUGCACGUCUACGCUAUCAACUCUACUGCGCCUAAAGACCCUAAGCUUUAUCAGUGCCCAGUAUAUAAGAAACCUUUCCGUACGGGUUUAACAUUUAUAACCCCGUUGUGGCUACCUACAAUUAAGAACCCUGAUCACUGGAUACUGAGAGGGGUGGCCAUUUUGUGUGAUAUCAAGUAAAGUGGUGUUUAUCAAGAAACACUUGUAUCGCUGCAGAGUGCUUUACGUCAAAAUGGGAAUUUUAGUAUAAUGAUAUUUUCCAAUAUCUUCAAGACUUGAACUUGUCAGUCACUAUUUUUAUAUAGUUUUUAUUAGGUACUCUUUUUACUUUUA